AUGGAUGUUUCAAAGGAAAAACGAAAUAGGGGACCUAAUUAUUCCCAAUCAGAAAAAGACCUAUUGAUAAGUCUUGUGGCCAAACACAAAAAUAUAUUAGAAAAUAAAAAAACUGAUGCUGUAACGAUUCAUGAGAAGGAUGCAGCUUGGGAUAGAGUCGGUAGGGAAUUUAAUAGUAUUGUUCCAAAUUGUACGAAGAGAUCUGUGGAGUCAUUAAGAAAAUUUUAUGAAAAUAAAAAAAAAGACAUGCGGAAAAGAACUGCUAACGAAAGAAUGGAGUUUAUGCGAACAGGAGGUGGCCCUCCUCCUCCAAAACAAACUUGUACUACAUCCGAUGAACUGCUUUUAUCGCUAAUGAAUCACAAAACUGUUUAUGGAUUAGAUAACCCAUUUGAUGGUGACAGAGAUAUGAAGAAUAAUCAUAAUGACCCUAUUGAAACAGCCGUUGACUCUGCAACUAGUAGUUAUAGUCAUAAUCACUCUGGCGAAGUAGCUGUUGACUAUCAAUUAGAGAGGGGUGAUGAAAAUAAGUCUUAUGCUGCAUCAAGUGGAAGUAAUAAGAAAACUGCAAAGAACGAGAUGACACAGGGUUGGAAGAAUUAUAAAAUUUUAGAUUUACAAACGAUACCAUUUGUAGAGAUUGAAAAUUCCGAGCAAAAUAAUCCAGAUAAGAGUAAUAAGGAGACUCCCAACAAAAGUCUCAAAAAUAGUCAAAAUUUAAGAAGGCGCCGACCAGCAACUGUCGUUAGAACCUUAACAUCAAAUCAUAUUGCUGAGAAAUAUAAUAUGUUGCUGGACAAAAGGUUAAUAAUAUGCAAUUAUGAAGAAGGUAGAUUAAAGCAGAAUAUAGUGAAUGAAAAAGAAGAGCAAGAACUGCGAAAGCAAGCAUUGAAGUUAGAUGUAGAAAUAAAGAAAGAGACAUUAAGACAGCUGCAGGAAAAUCAUUAA